UGACACAUGGAUAACAUUCACACUUCUAGUUUUUAGCAACAGACUCAAAUGCUUAUUUCGACCAUUCAGAACCCAUAUUAUCACGGCCAUUGACAUGCAUUUUUCAUCCCUAAGGCAAAAAUCUGAAUUUAGGGAAAUUAUACCUUACAGUAAAGGAGAGAUAUUAACUAACAGUACACAUCCGUCAUCUUAUUAUGUAACGUGGUUCCAUGUUGUCUUUUCUGCAGCGUCUACAAUAUCCAUCAAAAUUGAUGGUGUUAAAGACUUCACUUAUGAGGAAAUGAAACUAGCGACAAACAAUUUUAAUGUCUCCACUCAAGUUGGACAAGGAGGAUAUGGGAAGGUCUACAAAGGUAUUCUAGCUGAUGGUACUGUUGUGGCCAUAAAACGUGCCCAGGAGGGAUCAUUACAGGGUGAAAAGGAGUUUCUUACAGAAAUAGAAUUAUUGUCAAGGGUACAUCAUCGAAACCUGGUGUCUUUGAUUGGAUACUGUGAUGAUGAAGGGGAACAGAUGUUGGUUUAUGAGUUCAUGUCUAACCACACCCUCCGGGAUCAACUAUCUGGCAAGUCUAAAGAGCCACUAAGCUUUGCUAUGAGACUGAAAAUUGCAUUGGGUUCAGCCAAGGGCAUUCUUUACCUGCAUACAGAAGCUGAUCCUCCAAUAUUCCAUCGAGAUAUCAAGGCCAGCAACAUAUUAUUGGACUCCAAACUUACUGCAAAGGUUGCUGACUUUGGAUUAUCACGACUUGCUCCAGUUCCUGAUAUGGAGGGAGCAGUGGCGGCUCAUGUAUCUACAGUUGUUAGAGGCACUCCGGGGUACCUUGACCCAGAGUAUUUCCUUACUCAUAAGCUGACAGACAAAAGUGACGUUUAUAGCAUUGGGGUAGUGUUUCUAGAGCUCUUGACAGGGAUGCAGCCGAUCUCACAUGGCAAAAACAUUGUUCGAGAGGUGACUGUUGCUUACAGUUCUGGUAUGAUUUUCUCGGUUAUUGAUGAGAGGAUGGGAUCUUAUCCUUCUGAUUGUGUGGAGAAGUUUCUAUCUUUGGCCCUCAAGUGUUGCCAAGAGGAGACAGAUGCCCGGCCUUCAAUGGCAGAGGUGGUUCGGCAACUUGAAAGCAUAUGGCUUAUGAUGCCACAAUCUGACACCAAAACGACAGAAUCAUCAGACAAAGACCCAGAAAUUGCAGUGACCUCUCAACCUUCCUCCUCUAUAGUGAAGAACCCUUACGUUUCGUCAGAUGUCUCUGGCAGUGAGCUCGUCAGUGGAGUCGUCCCAACUAUUACUCCUAGGUGAUACUUUUUAAUUUUUGUAAAGAAUUUUGGUGGCAAUAAGAGGUGUGUUAGUUCUGUAUUAUUAGUCUAUACUGUCAGAAAUUGUUUGUAAAAAUGAUAGGGCAGACCAUUCAGGUUUGGUAGUGUUGCUGAGGUUGUAAUUCCUUACGGUUGUUCUUCCAAUAGACUGAAUUUCUUGAGUAUUGCAUUAGCUACCCCAUCAUUCUACUAACUAAUGUUUCAAAAGCCUUG